AUGCAGCUUCUAUUUUACAUUCAGGACAGUGAUGAUGUUUAUGGCCUAAUAAAAUUCCAUCCUCUGGAGAAUCAGAAGAUUGAAAGUAAUCCAAAGGGACGCUUUUUAUCCUUGAGUUUUUCACGGGAAAGAGGAACAGUUGGAGAUGUGCAGUUGGUUUAUACUGCAAUGUACAUUCCAGCUGGAGCUCUGGAUCUUGAGAGAGCAAAAGGUGGCAUUCUAAAUAUGUCUAGAAGAAGUACUCUCAUCUUUCCAGAAGGAAAAGCACAAACUACUGUAAAUAUACCUAUACGAAAUGAUGCAUUUCUUCAAAAUGGAGCUCAUUUUGUAAUACAGCUGGAAAAAGUUGAGCUGCUGAAUAGAAUUCCUCUUGUGCCACCCGUGAGUCCUAGAUUAGGUGAGAUUCGAAAUAUUUCUUUGAGGAUUACUCCAGAUAUUGCAAAUGGGGAAAUAGGCUUUACUAGCAAUCUUCCAAUUAUUCUUUCUGAGCCAGAAGAAUUGCCUGCUACAGUGGUUCCCAUUGCAUUGCAUCGAGAUGGGACUGAUGGUCAAGCAACAGUGUUUUGGAGUUUGAGACCCUCUGGUCCUAAUCACAAGGCAGUAACACAGGAUGAUAUAAGUCCUUUUAAUGGCUCUGUUGUUUUCUUAUCUGGACAAAGUGAUACUACAAUCAACAUUACUAUUAAAGCUGAUGAUAUACCUGAAAUUAAUGAAACCGUGUUAUUAACUUUGGACAGGGUCAGUGUGGAAAAUCAAAUACUGAAAUAUGGGUUUACUACUUGUGAAAUUACUAUUUUGGAAAAUGAUGAUCCUGGAGGAGUUUUUGAAUUUUCUCCCUCUUCUAGGGGUCCCUAUAGCAUCAAGGAAGGAGAUUCUGUCGAACUGCAGAUUGUCCGCAGCAGAGGGAGCCUUGUCAGGCAGUUUCUGCGAUACACUGUAGAACCACGAGACAAUAAUGAGUUUUAUGGAAGCACAGGAAUUCUGGAAUUUAAGCCUGGGGAAAGAGAGAUCGUAAUUACUCUUUUGACAAGGAUGGAUGGAAUUCCAGAGCUGGAUGAGGCAUAUGCUGUUGUGCUCAGUGGCUACAGUGAAAUGUCAGGCAAGCUGGGAAAUGCCACGAGGGUCAAUAUAACCAUUUUGAAGAAUGAUGAUCCACAUGGUGUCAUUCAGUUUCUACCUGAUGAAGUAUCAGUAACAAUAAAGGAAAGUAAAGGAGAAAUCAUGUAUGCUGCCUCUUUCAGACUUGUAAGAAACCAAGGAAACUAUGACAAUGUUAGUGUGUCCUGGACUGUUGAUCCAGCAUGUACCAAUGACAUCUAUCCAGAACAAGGGACUAUUUUCUUUGGUAAUCUGGAGUCUUCAAAAAAUAUCACGAUUUACUCUCUACCAGAUGAGGUACCUGAAGAGAUGGAGGUAUUCAUAAUCAGAUUAUUCAAUGCCACUGGUGGAGCCAGACUGGGCAAUAUAACCAGUGCAUUUUUACAGAUUACAAGGAAUGAUGAUCCCAUUUUUUUUGCAGAACCUCUGACAGUGAGCAUUACAGAAGGGAGUGUUGCAAACUUUACAGUCCGAAGGAAUGGGUCUGCUGAUGCUGUUGUUGCUGUCCAGUAUAUUACUGUUAAUGGAGAUGCAACAGCUGAAGAGGGAGACUUUGUUCCCAGUGAAAAGGAUGGUUUCAUUCUGUUUGAUGAUGGAGAAAGAGAGCAGACCUUAUCUGUGUAUAUUAAUGAUGAUGAUACCCCUGAAACGGAUGAAGCAUUUUAUAUCUUCCUUUUGAAUUCAACAGGGGAUACUGUUAUCUUUAAUGCUGGAGUGGCUACAGUUAUUAUUGAAGCAAAUGAUGAUCCUAAUGGAAUUUUCUCCUUAGAACCUCUAGAGAAGCCAGUGGAAGAAGGAAAAAGUAAUUAUUUUUUGGUUUUGAGACAUAGAGGACAUUUUGGGAAUGUCUCCGUAACCUGGCAGCUGUUUCAUAAUGAUUCUACACUGAAGCCAGGAGAAGAGUUCUACGAAACUUGUGGGACUGUGUACUUCAUGGAUGGUGAAGGAUCAAAGCCGAUAAUGCUCCAUGCUGUUUCAGAUAAAAUUCCUGAAUUCAAUGAAUUUUACAUUUUAAAAUUAGUGAAUGUUUCAGGUGGAUCUCCUGGUCCUGGUGGACAGUUGUCUGAAACAAGUCUUGCUGUGACUGUGAUGAUCCCUUUCAAUGAUGACCCUUUUGGAGUCUUCGUUAUAGAUCCAGAGAGUCAUGACAGAGAAAUAGUAGAAGAUGUUCUUUCUGAAGAUGAUCUUUCCUAUAUUACAGACUUCACUAUCUGGAGACAACAAGGCACUUUUGGUGUUGUCCGUUUAGGCUGGGAAAUACUGUCCAGUACAUUUCAAGCUGGAUUACCAUCAAUGGUAGACUUUUUGUUGCUAGGAUCAUUUCCAACUUCAGUACAAUCUCAGCCACACAUGAGACGCCAUCACAGUGGAACAGAUGCUUUCUAUUUCAGUGGAAAAGAGGACGCAUUUGGAAUUAUUGGUCUGGAAUACCCAUACAAUGGAAAUACUGCAGUCACUAAUUUUACAUUUUCAGCAUGGUUAAUUCCUAAUGUCAAUACUGAUGGAUACAUAGUUGAAAAGGAUGAUGGUAAUGCGACCUUAUAUUAUGGUGUGAAAAUCCAAACAAAUGAUUCUCAUGUUUCUGUGGUGCUUCAUUAUACAGCAUUAGGAUCCAAUACAACAUACAUAGCCAAAGCAGCAGUCCUGAAAUAUCUGGAUGAAAGUACUUGGGUUCAUAUUCUGAUUACUCUGGAUGAAAGUAUUAUUGAAUUUUACAUGGAUGGAAUUCCAAUUCUAGGAGGAAUUAAGAGCCUUAAAGGAGAAGCAAUUGCUGAUGGUCCAGGAAUAGUGAGAAUUGGAGCAGGAAUCAAUGGCAAGAGCAGGUACACAGGUUUAAUGCAGGAUGUAAGGCUUUAUGAGAGAAAACUGACACAAGCAGAGAUCUAUGAGCUCCAUAUAACUCCUGCAAAGAGUGAUCUACACCCUGUCUCUGGGUAUUUGGAGUAUCUGCAAGGAGAAACCAAUAAAUCAUUCAUUGUGUCUGCAAAGGAUGACAAAGAGGAAGAAGGGGAGGAGUUAUUCAUCCUAAAGCUCAUUUCUGUGUGUGGUGGAGCUCGAAUUUCAGAAGAAAACACAACAGCAAGAUUAAGAAUACAGAAAAGUGAUAAUGCUAAUGGUUUAUUUGGCUUCACUGGAGCAUGUAUUCCUGAGACUGCUGAUGAGGGUUCCACUAUAUCCUGUGUUGUGGAGCGUACAAGGGGAGCCCUAGACUAUGUAUAUAUAAAAUACAUUAUCUCACAGGUUGAUUCCAGGGGCAUUAAUUACUCUGUUAGCGAUUUUUCUAACAGCAGUGGCACUAUCACCUUCCUUCCUUGGCAGAGAUCAGAGGUCUUAAAAUUGCAUGUUAUUGAUGAUGACAUUCCGGAGCUAAAUGAAUAUUUUCGUGUGACAUUAGUCUCUGCAGUAUCUGGAGAUGGAAAACUAGGUUCAACUCCUACCAGUGGAGCAAGUAUAGAUCCAGAAAAGGAAACUACUGACAUCAGCAUUAAAGCCAGUGACCACCCAUAUGGUCUACUGCAGUUCUCAUUGGGGCCACCACCUCCACCCAGAGAUGAAAUGAUUCUGCCAGCCUCUGCUGUGCCCCAUAUCACUGUUAAAGAAGAAGUUGGACACAUCCAGUUAUUGGUAGUUCGUGCACAAGGGCUGCUUGGAACAGUUCUUAUGGAUUAUAGGACAGUGCCACUUACAGCUUUCAGUCCUAAAGAUUAUCAGGCUGUUUGGGGCUCAAUGGAAUUUCAUCCUGGAGAAAGAUACAAGUACAUUGCUGUUAACAUCACUGACAAUUCUAUUCCUGAACUAGAAAAAACUUUUAAAGUGGAGCUGUUGUACCCAGAAGGAGGAGUUGCUGAGCUCUUUAGAAAUGAUGGAAGUGGUAGUGGUGAUGGAAACAUGGAUUUCUUCCUUUCAACUGUCCCUCAACAUGCUAGCUUGGGAAUUGCAUCCCACAUCCUUGUGACAAUUGAGGCUUCUGAUGAUGCUCAUGGUGUAUUUGAAUUCAGUGUUGAGUCCCUUUCAGUGAAUGGAACUGAGCCUGAAGGUGGAGAGAGCAAUGUUAUGCUGCAGGUUGUUAGAAGUCACGGGGCUUUAUCUCAGGUGACAUUGCAUUGGAUCAUAAUCUGUGAUUUUGCCAAUGACCUAAUCUCUACAAAUGGGAAUGUAACAUUUGAUGUUGGCCAAGUGAGAGCAAAUAUUACAUUACAGAUUUCUCCUGAUGAUGCUCCCGAAUUGGAUGAGAUGUUUUCAGUUUUGAUCAUCAAUGUCUCCCUUGGUCGUCUUGGAUAUCAUACUAAUGCAACACUAACUAUUUUAGCAAAUGAUGAUCCAUAUGGAGUCUUCAUCUUUUCUGAGCGAAACAGACCAAUAAAAGUUGAGGAAGAAACAAAAAAUGUCUCUCUGACAGUUAUGAGAUGUGGUGGUCUCCUUGGUACAGUAAUGGUGAAAUACAGAAGUAUUGGUGAUGAAGAAAAGUCGCCCUUUCUUCCGCCUGAUGCUGUCAGAGCAAUAGAGGGAAAAGACUAUAUACCCAUUAUAGGUUAUGUGAUCUUCGCAACCAAUGAAAGUGAGGCCACAAUAUCCUUGCCUAUUUUGGAUGAUGAUCAUCCUGAGAGGUCAGAAUCUGUUUUUGUGGAGCUAAGCAGUGUUGUUUUGAUCAAGAAAGUUCAGGAUCGUCCAAUUAUAAAUUCUCCUCGACUUGGCUUUGUGGGUGAGACAAUAGCUCAUGUGAUUAUCAAUGCCAAUGAUGAUGCUUUUGGAACACUUCAGCUUUCAGCUUCAGCUGUGCGAGUUGCUGAAAACUAUGUUGGACCAAUCAUUAAUGUGACCAGAACUGGGGGAAUAUUUUCAGAUGUUUCUGUGAAAUUUAAAGCUAUGCCAAUAACUGCAACAGCUGGUGAGGACUACAGUGUAGCUUCAUCAGAUGUUGUCUUACUAGAAGGUGAGACAAGUAAAGCUGUGCCAAUUUAUAUAAUUAAUGAUAUCAAUCCUGAACUUGAGGAGUCAUUUUAUGUUCAGCUGCUGAACCAAACAACAGGAGGAGCAUUGCUUGGAUCUUUGACGAGGGCAGUCAUAACUAUUGAGGCUUCUGAUGACCCAUUUGGAUCCUUUGUUUUUCAGAAUACCGAAUUCACUGUGGAGGAGCCUGAAUUUGGAUCAGUAACCAUAAAUCUGCCAAUAAUCCGCAAUGCUGGGACACUGGGUAAUGUUACUGUUCAGUGGGCUGCUACCAUUAAUGGACAUCCUGCUGAUGAUGACUUGCAAGCUGCCAUGGGUAAUAUUACUUUUGCCUCUGGGGAAGCCAUUCAGAUGUUGCUGUUGGAAAUCCUUGCUGAUGAUGUUCCAGAAGUAGAAGAAAUUGUCCAUGUAGAAUUAACUCAGGCCUCCAACGGUGGUGCUAUUGGGUUAGAUGGCACGGCAACUAUUGUCAUACCUGCCAAUGAUAAUCCUUAUGGCACAGUUUUCUUUCAUCAAUCCUCAUAUCGAAUUCAGGAGCCACUAGAAAGAAAUUUACUUGCAAAUAUAUCAGUCAGGAGAAGUGGGGGAAGGUUUGGUCAGCUGCAGAUAUUUUACAGCACUUCUGAGACUGACAUUGUAGCUCUUGCCAUUGAGCAAGGUGAGGAUAUACUUGCCUAUUAUGAGUCUCCUGUACAAGGAAUUCCUGACCAGCCGUCCAAGACCAGAGUGAAUGUGUCAGCAGCAAGUGACCCACUUUAUGCGUGUGCAACUCAGUGCCUAAAAGAACAAGCAUGUUCAGCCUUUACAUUUUCCAGUGCCCCUCAGGUUCCUCUCUGCCUCUGGCUGACAACAGAGAUCAGGCCAUUAACUAACAUGUCAGGAUUAUGGACCUACAAGAAAAACAUCAGCAGUACAUCCAUUCUGUUCAGCACACAAGCCAUUGCUGGUAGUGAUUAUGAAUCUAUCACAAGACAGUGGGCCAUCAUGCAGGAAGGGGAAGAGUUGGCAAAUCUCACAGUUACCAUACUCCCUGACAGCCUGCCGGAGCUGGAUGAAAAAUUCACUAUAUCCCUGUUAAAAGUUGUACUAUUGAACAUCUCAACUAGCUUAAAAAAUCAACCAACUAUUGGACAGCCAAAUACUUCCACAGUAAUCAUAAUGAUGAAUGGGAAUGCCUUUGGAGUAUUUAAGAUCUACAGUGUAAGUCCCAAUGCAACAGAGAAAGGUCUGUAUAUUGAAGUAGAAGAGUGCCCUCAGGCCAACGUGCAGCUAAUGAUACACAGGACAGAAGGCAGCCUGGGACAGGUGGCAGUGGAAUGGCGUGUUGUUGGUGGAACUGCUACCCCAAACUUGGAUUUUGUGGGUGUUGGUGAGAUUCUGGUGUUUGCUGAAGGUGAAACAAAAAAGAUAGUCACACUGACCAUUUUAGAUGAUCCGGAGCCAGAGGAUAAUGAAAGCAUCAUAAUCAGCCUGGUGAAUACUGAAGGAGGGAGUAGGAUUCUGCCCAGUUUUGACACUGUCACAGUGGUUAUCCUGGCAAGUGACAAUGCGGCAGGAAUCAUUGGCUUCCAGACAGCUGGAAGGUCUGUUAUUGGUCGUGAAGGAGAACAACUGCAAUUCCAUGUUGUAAGAACUGCCCCAGGUCUGGGAAAUGUUACUGUUGAGUGGAAAAUAGUUGGACAUAACGUACAACAAAAUUUUGAAUACUAUUCUGGAAUUCUCUUUUUCCCUGAGGGGGUAUUGAAUACAACAUUAUAUGUCCACUUGCUAGAUGAUCAUAUUCCAGAAGAAAAAGAAGAAUACCAGAUCAUCCUAUACAACAUCAAAACAGAAGGUGUUUCUCUUGCUGGUGCUGCUGUUUUGGAUAGUCAGGGAUAUGAAGCUGUUCUGACAGUAGAAGCUAGUGAUGAACCACAUGGACUACUGAAUUUUGCUUCUCCAUCUAGGGUAGUUUUACUUCCAGAGGAAAACAGAACAGUUCAGCUUUUUAUUAAUAGAGAAUUUGGAUCUCUAGGUGCCAUCAAUGUUACAUAUGCCACAGUUCCAGGAUUGGUCUCCUUAAGUAACCAGACAGAGGGGACCUUGGCUGAACCAGGAGCUGAUUAUGUAGCUGUUUCUGACUCUGUGAUUUUGGAAGAAGGAGAAACAUCAGCUGCCAUAAAUGUUACUAUUCUAGAGGAUGAUGUACCAGAAGUGCAAGAAUUCUUCUUGGUUAAUUUAACUUCAGUGGAACUUAUCGUGAACCAUUCAACUUCCUCACCACCUAGACUGGAUGUGGAAGGUUUAGCUUCUCAAAUUAUUAUUGAUGCUAAUGAUGGAGUAAGCGGAGUAGUUGAAUGGGAAAGUACCACUUUUGAAGUUAAUGAAUCUCAUGGGAAUCUCACCAUAAUGGCAUAUCGAAACAAAGGAUCUUAUGGAAAUGUGUCUGUGUUUUUUUAUGCCCAGAAUUUGGAGGCACAGCUGGGUUUGGAUUUUAAUGUGAUCUCAAGGACUCUCUUUUUUGCUGAUGGAGAAAGGCAUAAAUCUGUUGUCGUUGUGAUUUGUGAUGAUGAUAUUCCUGAAGGUGUUGAAAAGUUCCAGUUAAUUCUAGCAAAUCCCUCAUUUGGCCUGGAAUUAGGGGAGAACACAACAGCCACAAUUACUAUAUUUGCCAAUGAUGACGGACAUGGAAUUUUGUCGUUCAAUAACAGUGAUCACUUCUUCCUAAGAGAGCAAACAGCUCUCCAUCUGAUGGAAAGUACUGCAGUAUUAAAUAUCAUUAGAGAACCUCCUCAGGGAAUAUUUGGAACAGUGUCUGUUCAGUAUCUUGUAAGUGAGAUUAAUUCUUCAGAACCAUCAGUGGAUUUGACCCCUUCUCAAGGAUACAUUGUGCUGGAAGAGGGAGUCAGAUUUAAGACACUGCGGAUUUCUGCAAUCCUGGAUGAAGAACCAGAAUUGGAUGAGCACUUUAUUGUCACCCUGUUCAAUCCAACUGGAGGAGCCAGACUAGGCACCAGAGUGCAAACUAUGAUUACAGUAUUACAGAACCAGGCUCCACUGGGGCUUUUCAGCAUCUACCCAGUAAUAAAUAGGACAAAUAUCUUCACAGCUGAAGAAGCGAACACUACAGUUUAUUUGAAAGUUUCACGGAGUAAUGGGCUCAACGUGUCUGUGAGUGUUGAGUGGGAGACAUUGUCGGAUACUGCGUUUGGCAUCAAGGGCAGUAUCAGUGUUCUGUCUGUCUUGCAAANCGCUAGCUGGUGUUUCUUUCCAUCGGAAGAAAUUCUGUAUGGUGUGCUGCUGCGCUCACCUCCAGCUGCAUUUUCUACUCUCUACCAGUGGAAAGGAGUUUUUGUUGCCAUCGAGAAUUUCAGUAUGUGGAAUCCUAAAAGCUGUGUGUCUUUCCAAAUCCAUGCCUCUCCUUACCUUGUGAUUACUCAUGGAGGAAGCAGUUGGGGAGCUUCCAAUAGCAGCGUGUAUGCAUUCAUGCCUGGACGCAAACUAUUGAAGUUACAGACCCUCUCUAUUUUGGAUACCACACUUGUCAAACAUUUUGCUAUGGAUGAAGAAGACUAUUUGGUUUUUGUGAGUGAUAACAGCAGUUUCAGUUCCAUCCAGGUUUUCCAGUGGAAUAAAGAUAUAUUUGUGCUACAUCAUCAGCUUCCACUUUACAGAGCUCUGAAUAUUGCUUUGUUUCCCCGAGGAGGCAUUAUGUACUUAAUAGUUUCUUUGUCAAAUACCAGCCAGAAUGUGCUCUUGUACCAAUGGCUGAAUAAUAAGUUUAGGAAUCUUCAUCAGUUACCAGCAAAAGAAAUAAAACAUAUGGAGGCCUGGACUUCUGGAUCUGAUAUAUAUUUAAUUGCUGCAAAAGAAACUGGAAAUUCUGAAAUUUUCAUCUGGGAGACAGGGCAGUCUACCUUCAGACACUUUCAGUCUCUUCCAGUCUCUGCUGUCAGAAACAUCCAUGUUUUCAUGCCUCCUUCAGGUUUAGUUCACAUCCUCCUCUCCAGUAAGGACACAACAGCACUGUACUCCUGGAACUCAGAAGGGAACCAGUUCUCUCUGAUGCUGGAAGCCCCAUAUGCAGAUCAUAUCACUUCCACUACUGCAAGGUCUCUGAACUCCAGCAAGAGUUUGAUUGCCCUUUCCAUAAAGUCAAGCUCCCAGAUUUAUGAGCUGACAACUAUCUCCAACCAGUCAGAUUUUAUACCCAGUUCAGGUGAAUUGAUAUUUGAGCCCGGGGACAUGGAAGUUGUGAUAGCAGUCAAUAUCUUGGAUGACAUCAUUCCAGAGGAGGAGGAAUGUUUUAAAGUGUGGCUGAAAAACCCUAAAGGAGGUGCAGAGAUUGGUGCUCACAGUUUUGUUAACAUAAUUAUUCCUCCCAAUGACAAUGCCUAUGGAGUCAUUGCAUUUGCUCAGAGUUCUUUAUUUAAGCAAAUUGAAGAAAUGGAACAGGACAGCUUGAUCACCCUGAAUAUUGAACGUUUAAUAGGAACAUAUGGACGAGUUACAGUAGAAUGGAUUGCUAAUGGAAGCAUAAGUGAUGUAUUUCCAGCUUCAGGAAUGAUUACUUUUUCAGAAGGUCAGGCCCUGUCCACAAUCACUCUGACAAUUCUAGCGGACAGUGUUGCAGAACUUUCAGAGGCAGUGGAAAUCACACUCACCCGUAUCACCACUGUGGAUGUUCAAGAUUCCACAAAAGGAGCUGUCAUUGAUCCAAAAAGGGCAAGAGCUGUACUUAGCAUUUUACCCAGUGACUCUCCACAUGGUGUGAUUGAGUGGCAUAUGGAGUCUCUCUUUGUUAAAAUCACAGAGCCAGAAGGGCUGGAGAAUUCAACUACUGUUAUUCUACAAAUUGUUCGAGAACAAGGAUUUGUUGGAGAUCUUGCAGUUCAGUUGAGCAGUGCACCGAACUUUGAACUCCCACCUUCCAACCGAGCAACAGAAAAUGAGGAUUAUAUACUGGAAAAGAAAACAGUCAUUAUGGCAGAGAAUGCAACAACAGCUUCUGUCAUAGUCAUUAUUUUGCCUGAUGACAUUCCAGAAUUACAGGAACGAUUUAUAAUCAAUAUUACUGAUGUGCAUCUGAUCACUUCUUCCUCUGGAGGUCAGCCAAGUGUGAAGAGGCUUGGAUUAGAAAUAGCUGAAAUAACAAUUGAAGAAAAUGACGAUGCCAGAGGAAUAUUUAAUUUUAAUGUUACAAAGGAUAUCAAUGGAGCUGUUUCUGGUUAUGAGGUACCACCACCACAGAAUCUAUUGAAACUCCCAGUUGUUCGACAGGCUGGGAGGUUUGGGUCAGCAACUCUGUACUGGGAAGCCAUUCAUUCAACUGCCAGCUUUGAAGACUUCACACCAUCAUUUGGAAACCUUAUAUUUGCAGAUGGGCAGGCUACAGGAGAAAUAGAAAUUACAAUCAUAGAUGACGAUGAAGUUGAAUUCCUUGAGAUAUUCAAAAUUGCCCUGGUGAGGGUAACAGGUGGUGCAAGACUUGGGAAUGACACCUUGGUAACUGUUGCUAUUCCACCAAAUGAUUCCCCUGUUGGGGUAUUCGGGUUUGAAGAAAAGAAUGUAACUGUGAAGGAACCUCAGGCACCUGAUGACUCUGCUGCAGUUGUUUUGCUCAAUGUAAGUCGAAGUCAGGGAGGACGAGGAGCAGCUACAGUGUUAUGGAUUCUUGAGAAAGCAGCCAGAUAUGAUCUGACUCCUCUAAAUGGUACCCUUCAUUUCAGUGAGACUGAGUCCAAGAAGAUGAUUAUUUUACACUCAAUACAAGAUGGUCUGUUAGAGGGGAAUGAAACAUUUACCAUUCAGCUAGUCUCUACUGGUGGUGCAGAGAUAUCUCCUGUACAUGGUGUUGCAACCAUCAUUAUUAUUGGAGAUGAAGGAGCUUCUGGGGUGGUUGGGAUAGCCCAUUCAUCCAAGCACGUUUUAAUUGGAGAACCUUCAGGAAAUUAUAAUGGAACUGCUCUUAUUAGCCUGGUACGUGGCCCAGGGAUUUUUGGGGAGAUCAUAAUAUAUUGGAAUAUAACACCUUCUCAUCAGACAGAAUUUAUUGAAGUAUCGGGGACCUUGACCAUGCGAGAUAGGCAGUCUGCAGCAGUUGUUCUAAUACAGGCUGUAGAUGACAACUGUCCUGAGGAGAAGCAUUACUACCAGUUUCAACUAACCCGAAUCAGUGAUGGAGGUCUCAUAAAUGAAUCUAGCAGCACAGCAAAUAUUACCAUGGCUGCCAGUGAUUAUCCAUAUGGAGAGUUUACAUUUUCUCAUGAACUAUUGCAAACCACAGAGGACGAAAAAUGGGUUAACAUCACAGUUGUGCGUUUCAGGGGAUCCUAUGGCAGAGUGCGUCUUUGCUUUCAGAUAAUAAAUGGGACUGCAGAGGAAGGAAUGGAUUUUUCUCCCACAGUAAGGGAAAUGGUGUUUGAACCAGAAGAGGAAAGUAAAAUUAUUUUGAUUGAAAUUCAUGAUGAUGACUUUCCUGAAGGCCCUGAAAAUUUUUCAUUGAUGAUUACUGAAGUGGAACUCCAAGGAAGUGGAUUUGAUUUUACUGUAAGAGAGAAUGGUCUACAGGUGGAUCAACCUCCAAUAAUAGGAAAUAUCUCCACAGUAUGGGUCACUAUUGCAAAAAAUGAUAAUGCUGAAGGUGUCAUAGAAUUUGAUCCUCAGUACGUCCUUCUACAGGUGGAAGAGGAUGCUGGAUUAAUCAUGAUUCCUGUUUUGAGAAAGCAUGGAACUUAUGGCAAUGUCACAGCUGAUUUUCUUUCUCGAAGUAUUUCUGCAGUGCACGAUGGUGUUGACUAUGUCGUUCAUAAUAAUACUGUAAUUUUUUAUCAUGGACAGAACCAGUCUUUUAUUUAUAUCUCUAUUUUAAAUGAUGAAGAAAGUGAAUUUGCAGAGCAAUUUGAAAUCCAACUGACAGGAGCCACUGGUGGAGCAGUCUUGGGGCUCCACCUCGUAAGCCAGAUCACCAUUGCAAAAAGUGACUCUCCCCAGGGCAUGGUCCGAUUUCUCAACCAAAGCCAAAUUAUACUUCCCAACCCUGAUGCAACUACAACAGUGUCCCUGGUGGUGGAAAGGACUGGGAGGUUGGUGGAGGCGCAGAUUAACUGGGACAUUUUGGGACCCAAUACAGAAGAGAUUUUGUCUCCUCUGAACAGUGACAUUGGUGACCCUGUGAAUGGUUCAUUCUAUUUUGAAGAAGGAGAAGGAGAUCUGAGAACAAUUAAUCUUCAAAUCUAUCCUCAUGAAGAAGCUGAAGUCCAGGAAACUUUCAUUAUUCGACUGAGCCUUAUGAAAGGUGAAACAGAAAUAGAUUCUAAGGCAAACAGCAUUACAUUAAUAAUAGAGAAGUUUGGUGAUCCCAAUGGAAUUGUACAGUUUGCUCCUGAAUCAUUAACUGAGAGUCACUAUUCAGAGCCCUCAGGAGACGAAGGACCACAAAGUAUUACACUGUUUGUCAAACGAAUUCAAGGCAUUCUGGGGAACAUAACGAUUUACUGGGAAAUACAUAGUGAAUCUGACAUCACAGGUGACUUUCUUGAGACAGAGGGAUCUGUUGUCAUUGCUGACCAGCAGAGUGCAGCUGAAAUAAUUAUCUACCUGUUACCUGAUGAUGUUCCAGAACUGGAUGAAAACUAUGAGGUACAGCUGAUUUCAGUGGAAGGUGGAGCAGAUUUAGACCAUGAGAAAGGCAUUUCAAAGAUCACAGUGUUUGAAAAUGAUGAUCCUUAUGGAGUGUUUGCCCUGUACUCUGAUCAGCAGUCAGUAUUGGUAGAAAAAGCACUGGAUCGAUAUGUUCAGAUUAAUGUAACUCGGCAUGCUGGGGCAUUUGGAGAAGUGAUGGUUGAGUACCGUGUCAUAUCCCUUCAUGGCGAAGCACUAAUUGAACCUGAGAAUGAGGUGGGAUUCUUCACAAUAAAGGAUGGUGCCAGCUUUGGAGUAAAAAGGGUGCCAAUAAGUAACCAGGCAUUUAUUUUAUUGGGCUUGAAUUUUACUCUGGAACUGACUAAUGUAAGCCUGGUUAGGGGAAGUGCCAAGGAUGUGCCUAAAAUAUUAGGAAUAGCAAAGUCUGCUGUGCUGCUUAUUCCUGAGGAAGCUGCCAAUUCACAGGUUGGCUUUGAAUCUGUGAUAUUACGACUUACAAACAUUGUAGCAGGGACAGGCCAUGCUUUCAUAACCAGAAGAGGAGUUUAUGGCUCUGUAAUAGUUAGCUGGAAUUCAGGAUGUCCACCAGACCUAGUCACAGACUCUGUUAAACUAGGCAAUAUUACUCCUCCAUUUGGCACUGUUAUGUUUUCCUCUGGGGAGGAAAGUAAAGUGAUUUCAUUUCAGGCUACUCCAAGCCUAAAUAAACCUGAGACAUUUGCCAUCACUUUAACAGCAGUGCACAGCAAUGUGUCUGGUGGAGCUCGCCUGAGAUCAGGAUUCACGAUAGCUAAAAUUGAGCCAAUGGGGAUCUUCCAGUUUGAUCUUAACUCAAGAUCAGUUUCAGUUGAAGAAGAUGUUCAGGUAGUCAGACUACGUGUCCAAAGAUUGUUUGGUUUUCAAAGUAAUCUCACUAAACUGAAAUAUCAGACCAUUCCAGGAAGUGCCAAACCACUAGAAGACUUUAUACCCCUCUACAAUGGAGAAAUUAUAUUUUUACAUUUUCAGACAAAUGCAGUGAUAGAAAUAUCGAUAAUUGAUGACGAUGUGUCUGAAAUACAAGAAUUUUUUUUUGUAAAUUUGACUUCUGUGGAAAUUCUGGAUAUUCAACCUGUGAACCUUGACUGGAGUCCCCGUUUGAAUCCAGCUUUCAGUGUUUCAACAGUUAAUAUCCUUGCUAAUGAUAUUCAUCAUGGAAUACUAAGUUUGGGACCAGAAUUUAUUUAUGUUGAAGAAGAUACAAACAACAAUACCUCCAACACAGCUGUGCUUCAGAUCAGAAGGACCAAGGGGUUUACUGGUAAUAUUAAAAUAACUGUUAAAACCUUUGGGGGAGUGAGUGCACAGAGUGGAGUAGAUUUGUAUCCUUUUGGAAAUGUUUAUGGAAAAUCAAACUUCACAUGGGCAAUGGAAGGAGAAGAUUUUGAAGAACAGACAAUCUCUCUGACUUUGUUGGAUGGAGAAAGUGAAUGCCAGGUGUCCAUAAAAAUUUUUGACGAUAAUGAGCCUGAAGGACAAGAAUCAUUUUAUGUUUUCCUCUCAAAUCCUGAAUAUGGAGCUCAGAUUGUGGAAGGAAAGGAUGAACAUGGAUUUGCUGCUUUUGCAACAGUAAUUAUUGCAGGAAGUGAUCUCCAGAAUGGCAUUUUGGGAUUCAUUCCAGAAGUACAAAGUGGCUUGAUACUUGAUGAAGACUCAGAAAACAGAGAGGUGCAGCUGACUGUUGCACGGCAACCAAACAGGGCUUUUGAAGAUGUAGUGAUCUUCUGGCGUGUGACCUUUAACAAAACAGCUGUUGUCCUUCUGAAGGAUGGCAUGAACUUGGAGAAUGAAUUUGUAUCUGUGCUGGGAGCCACGACCUGUGUGGCAGGUCAAACUAUGUGCAACAUCUCCAUUGAAAUAAAACCUGAUCAUGUACCAGAAUUUGAAACUUAUAUUUUUGUUGAGCUAUAUGCUGUAAGCACAGGAGCUGCUUUGAACAACAGUGCCAGAUUUGCUUUUAUAACUGUCCUGGAAAGCGAUGAUCCUCAUGGUUUAGUGUAUUUUGCUGUGGGAUCUCGAUUUGCUGUGGCUUAUAAGAAGACAGCUUUAAUCAGUCUGCAAGUUCUUAGAGAUUCUAGUACAUCAGUAACCACAAUGGUUAGCUACAGUAUGCAGGAGCUACAAAUACCUGAACCUAUUGGACGGACCUUCAUAUCUCCAGCUGUGGCAGGACAAGAUUUUGCCAGAUCUGAAGGUUUAUUGACUUUUGAACACGGACAGAGAAAUGCAUUCCUGGAUGUGACCCUGACUCCAAAGAUAGGAUCGUUAAACCCAUAUCCUAAGCGUUUCCAGGUUGUGCUUUCUAAUCCCACAGGCGGUGCCAGGGUAGAUGAUGUGUAUGGUAUUUCUAACAUCACCAUUGUCUCAGAUUUAGAUUCCUUGCCAGUUUGGGGACUAAUUGAUCAAUUGCAUCAGCCUCUUGAUGACACUAUUUUACACAGAAUCCUUCAGAAUCUGAAUGCCAAAGUGGCUACAGAAACUACAGAAGAGCAACUUACUGCUGUAGUGCAUAUAAUAGAUAAGGUUACAGGUGUAGGUGAAAAACUGUUACUCACUGAUAAAAGUAGAAGUCUUUUCUAUGAGAUACUCUGUGCUCUGGCAAGCCCAAAACGUGAGGACACACAAGGAUAUAGCCUGCUUGCUGAGGUGACUGAGAAGUUUGCUUUUUCUCUGUUGACUGGGAUAAAGUGUGGAUCACCAGCAGAAAGAGGCAAAAAUAUCCUUGACAGCUGCCCAUAUAUUGCAAUAAUGGCUCACAACUGGUUUCCUCAACAAAUCAAUGGACAUAGAUUUAAUGGAAAAGAUGGGGAUUCUAUUCAAGUACCUGAACAUCUCCUAGAGGUCUCUAUAGUAUUAUCAUCUUCCCAGGAAGAGAACUGUGAAUCUGUACAGUUUACAGAAUACAGCAGUCAGCAAUGGUUCCUUUCUAGAGAUAAAGAACUUGCCCUGAAGAACAAGGUUUUUUCAAUGAGCUUGAAAGGUCGGAGUUCACAACCUUUGAAAGAUAACAAUGAAGUAAUUUAUCGUAUCUAUGCUGAAGGAAGUCAGAUUGUUCCACAGAAGUCUAUAUGUCUCCUCUGGAAUCAAGCUGCUGAAAGCUGGCUGUCUGAUAGCGGGUUCUGCAAAGUGGUUGAUGACACAUCAGAUUAUGUGGAAUGCUCCUGUUCUCAUAUGUCCAUUUACGCAGUUUAUGCCCAAACAGAUAACUUGUCUUCAUACAACGAGGCUUUUUUUUCUUCUGGAUUCAUCUGCAUUUCAGGUUUCACUUUGGCUAUCAUCUCCCACCUUUUCUGCACCAGAUGUGCCAUGUUUGCAGCUAAACUUCUCACUCAUAUGAUGGUUGCUUGUUUUGGUACUCAGGUUUCAUUUCUGGCCUCUGCUUACAUGAGCCAGCAUAUCUCAGAGGAAAGCUGCUUUGCCCUUGCAUCUGUUACUCAUUACCUUUACCUCUGCCAGUUCAGCUGGAUGCUUAUUCAGGCUGUUAAUUUCUGGUAUGUCCUUGUGAUGAAUGAUGAACACACGGAGAGACGCUAUCUGCUUUACUUCCUUUUGAGUUGGGGGCUUCCAGCUUUUGUUGUUAUCCUUCUUCUAAUUAUCCUGAGAGGAAUUUACCAUCACAGCACAGCACAGAUUUAUGGCCUUGUCUACAGUGAUCUGUGUUUCAUUCCAAAUGCCUAUGCUGCUCUCUUCACUGCUGCUCUGGUGCCAUUAAUGUGCCUGGUGGUGGUUUUCGUGGUGUUUAUCCAUGCCUACCAGGUGACUCCUCAAUGGAAGGCAUAUGAUGAUAUUUUCAGAGGAAGAACAAAUGCAGCAGAGAUCCCCUUGGUCUUGUACCUCUUUGCUCUGAUUUCUAUCACCUGGCUGUGGGGAGGACUGCACAUGGCUUACCGGCACCUCUGGAUGUUAGUCUUCUUCAUCAUCUUCAACAGCCUGCAGGGUCUUUAUGUCUUUGUGGUAUAUUUUAUCCUGCACAACCAACUUUGCUGUCCUGUGAAAGCAAGUUACACUGUAGACAUGAAUGGGCAUACAGCUUCAGGAUCCGCGUUUUUCACACAUGGCAGUGGUCUUCCUGCUGCAGGAGGAGAGAUCAGCAAGUCUACACAGAACCUCAUCAGUGCUAUGGAAGAGGUACCUGCAGACUGGGAGAGGGCAUCCUUGCAGCCUGCUAGUCAGGCUAGUGGUGCCUUUAAGCAGAGUCCGCAAAAUGGUAAUGUUUUCCACCCUUCUGGAAGAUUCAGUACCAGCUCAUUAAUUGCUGAUGAGGAAUCACAAGAGUUUGAUGACCUUAUAUUUGCCUUAAAGACUGGUGCAGGUCUCAGUGUAAGUGAUAACGAGUCUUGUCAUGGUAGCCAGGAUGGUGGCAGCAUGGCUAACUCCCAGAUCGUAGAGCUUAGAAGGAUACCCAUAGCUGACACUCACCUCUAACUCCACAGCUUCCUUGAGUUUUUGUUGUUGUGGUUUUUUAUUCAAGUCUCACUAUUUUUAUAUUUGUACUUCCUUUUUCACUAAAACACGAUAUGAAAUUGUAGUAGAAUGCUGUUACCUUUACAGAAUGUUUAACAAAGAAUGUUUGCUUGAGAUUUUGUAUAUCAGAAAAAAAACUGUAAAUUUUUUACAGCUGAUGAGCAUCAGUAGAUACUGUGGCAAUUGGCCUAGAUUUGUAUCUUUUAAGUAGAUGCUACAUUUCAUAAACUGUAGCUUUUUUUAAAUUAACCUGUACAUUAACACUGAUUAAUAAAACAAUAGAGUCUGUUUGAUACAUAUCUGUCUGGUAUUUCUCCUUACUGC